AUGAUGAAUAUCAACGCAGAGAACAAUAUGAAACGCACCCCCUUGCAUCUCGCCUGCAACGGAGGCCACCUGUCAACGGCAAAUCUUCUUCUGACCAACGGCGCCGAUGUGAAUCACUACGACGUCAUCAAGUGGACGCCGCUCAACUGGGCAAUCGUCCGCAACCAUACUCACCUAGCAGAGGUGUUGGUAGCCAGCGGCGCAGAAGUCAAUCCACAGAGCGGCCUGAGCCGCUGCGCCUUGUAUCUUGCGGCUGAGAAUGGCCUCCCUGGGACAGUUCGCCUGCUGCUUAGCCGUGGUGCGAACGUCGAGGGUCAUGCCAACCCGGUAGGAGUAAAGCGACCGCUUCUGGGAGCGGUCGACUUCCAGAAGAACGUAAGAGCGGAGACAAGACUCGACAUUGUCAAGCAGUUGGUGGAUGCUGGCGCAGAUAUAGGUGCGAAGGAUGAGAGGCAGAAGACGGCGGCGGACCGAGUUCGAGAAAAGGCACCCACGAUGAGCCCGCAAUUGUUUGAGCGCUUUAUGGCUUUGCUCUCUUUCGAGAGUGAUGCAGAUAUCAUCAAGGCCUGA